CUAGAUGGCGGUAGCGAGAUGUCCUUCAGAUGCUGUCCGCUCAUUCUACCUCGUGACGGCUUUGGUAUACUUUCCCAAAAGUAUGGUUUGGCGGUCAUCUUCUCUUUCAGGGAACCGGGGUUACAUUUUUGAAGCAAAAUAACUUAAACCGUACAGGGCUGCUGAAAACCAACUAGCUUUCCUUGGUUUAAACCCAGCAGUAAAGAUGCAGGCUGUGAACAUAAAGCAGGAAGUUUUAGAACCUGUCCACAUUAAGGAGGAGCCUGCUGACCUAGAACCUGUGCAGUUUGCAAAGGAUAUCAGUGAACUGGGAUUAAUCCACAUUAAAGAGGAGACCCCAGAAGCUGUAUUAAGUAACAGCAUGGGUCCCAAUACUGAAGAGGAGGCUGAGAUGGGUCCCACUCCAUUUAAACACCCCAUCCAAAUACAUCCCUCCUUACAAUCAAGAAAUGGUUCGACAGUGAAUCCAGUAUCUGAUAACCAUUCACAAACUGCUGGCAACUUCCAUCAGUGUGCUGAAUGUGGAAAGUGUUUCAGUCUCUUAAAAUCGCUCAAACGGCACUUACGAACUCACACGGACGUGAAGCCGUAUCGCUGUAUAGAAUGUGGGAAGAAUUUCAAGAAGAUAAACGACCUUAAAAAGCAUCUGGGAAGUCACACUAGAGCGAAACCGCAUUCCUGUACAGAGUGUGGGAAGAGCUUCCAAGAAUUGCGACACCUUCGAAGGCACCAGAGAAUUCACACGGGAGAGAAACCGUUUCGCUGCUCCGUAUGUGGCAAGCGUUUCAGUCAACUGGGAAGCCAGAAAAAACAUCAACAGACGCACACGGGAGAGAAACCGUAUAUCUGUACGGAGUGUGGGAAGAGCUUUAGGGAUUUCUACAAUCUUAAAAUCCACCAGAGAAUUCACACGGGAGAGAAACCGCUACGCUGUCCAGAUUGUGGGAAGAGUUUCCGACAUUUAAAUAGCUUUAAAAUUCACCAGCAAGUUCAUACGGGAGAGAAACCGUUUCACUGUACGGAAUGUGGGAAGAAUUUUAAUCUGUUAGGAAACCUUAAAAAACAUCAACGAGUUCAUAAAUAAAACUGGAAUGUAAAAAAUAAUAAUAAUAAUAAUAAUAAUAAUUUGUCCCUUGACUUUUUGUGGUGGAUUUGUUGUCUGUGUUACCCCACCCUCUGCUUAACCCUGUAAUGCUUAGCCACUCUGCUGUAGUAUUAUCUUUGAAAUCCAGCCUCACAGUCCAGUAUUUUUCAUAUGCAGUACAUUGUGUUGCCAGACAUGAACAAAAAAGUAGCUUUUCUCAUUGGGCAUUGGCCAUUAAAAAAUACAUAUCUGAAAGGACUGUUUUAAAAUAAGUAGGCUUCCAUUUAGAUGUAUUGGUUUUGUUGGUACAGUACUAUAAUUUCAACAUUAGUAUUUUAAUUCAGGACGAUAGGAUUCUGAAAAUAUCACUUGCCAAAAUUAAAGAGACGACAUGUUAACUGUAAUACAGGACAUACUUUGAAAUCCAGUACAUACUGUAGCAGUGUGUAAAAUUCCUCGUUAAGGACCCAACAGCAAAAUAAAUUCAAAAUGUUAUCCAUGCACAAAACUGUGCCAAAAGAAAAAAAAAACACACAGAUUUUAAAACAGUAUCCCAAGUCAGUAUUCAAAAUUGCAGAAUACAUUGCUCGAUAAGGCCCUGAGCAGUUUGAAUACAUUUGCACCCGACUCUAAGUGCUACAGGUAAUACUGUUGGAACAGAAGAGACUCAUUGGAUCCAGUGUCCUUCUAAAAGUCAGCUGGCCUGGUCUCUAUGACAACCAGGGCCCCUUUCUUGAGUUAAUGAUAAUUGUGCUGCGCCUUCAAAAAUAUAUAUACCCAGAAUGAGAAAGGGAGACUAGUUUGGUAACCAUAACAACACGGAUAAAUUUGAGGCCCACUAAAGACCUGCUAAUUCAAGAAUAAUAAGAAGAACAUAAGAAAGUUUACAAACAAGAGGAGGCCAUUCAGCCCAUCUUGCUCGUUUGGUAGCUUAUUGAUCCCAGAAUCUCAUCAAGGAGCUUCUUGAAGGAUCCCAGGAUGUCAGCUUCAACAACAUUACCAGAGAGUUGGUUCCAGACCCUCACAAUUCUCUGUGGAAAAAAGUGCCUCCUAUUUUCUGUUCUGAAUGCCCCUUUAUCUAAUCUCCAUUUGUGACCCCUGGUCCUUGUUUCUUUUUUCAGGUCAAAAAAGUCCCCUUUUAAACCCGGGAUAAUUCUGGUUGCUGUUAGAAAUCUAAUUUAAUUAACAACUAUGUAGCCUAAAUAGAAUUUUUCUAUUUUUUGCAAUCAACUGCGGGUUCUGUUGGAUUCACGGC